AUGAACAAUGAUGGAGCCCCAUCCAUGCUCCUUGUGGGGCUUGUGGGCAGACAGCUGGGGCUCAGGGUUGGGUUGCAGGUGGUUCAGACAAUGACUUGUUCUCGGUGGGGUACACCGAGUGCCCAGGGUCUAUUCCAGGAUGGAGAUUUAGUUAUUGGUGGGCUGUUUAGUCUUUACUAUCAACCUCCAGCUACAGCCCAUGACUUUACUCAGCUGCCACACUACAAACCUUGCACUGGGUUGGAAAAUCUUCCAUUACAGUACAUAUACGCUAUGUUGUUUGCGCUGGAGGAAAUCAAUCAUAACUCAACCUUGCUACCAAAUGUGCAGCUGGGCUACCAUAUUCAUGAUAGCUGUGCCCUGCCUCCUUGGGCUAUGCAGGCAGCACUGUCACUGGUUGGAGGAGACAGCACCAGCUGUAAUUCAGAAGCCCUGCCAGAUUAUUCUGCUGGGUAUGGAGAGGGAGCCGGAGAAAGCAAAGGGGAUCGGCCUGUUCCUUUGAUCAUUGGUGGUUCCUCAUCUAUAACAGCCAUGAUACUCUGCAGAGUCCUGGGGCCACUCUCUAUGAGCUACACAGCCAGCUGUCCCUGUUUAAGUGACAGGCGCCAAUUUCCUAACUUCUUCAGAACCAUGCCCAGUGAUAUUUAUCAAGCUCGGGCCAUUGCCCAGCUUGCCAUUCGCUUCAGUUGGACCUGGAUCGGUGCAGUAGUAGCAAACAACGAUUAUGGCCACAUGGCAGUAAAGGUAUUCCAGGAGGAGACUCAGGGGAAAGGGCUGUGUUUGGCGUUUGUAGAGACUCUCCAAAGGGAAAACAUUGUAAAUGAUGCCAGACGAGCAGCACUAACAAUUCAAGCCUCGACUGCGAGGGUGAUUCUGAUCUUUACCUGGUACACUGAUGUGAGGGAACUGUUUCUGCAACUAGCCAAUAUAAAUGUGACCGACAGACAGUUUCUGGCCAGUGAAGCUUGGAGCACCAGUGGUAAUCUUCUACAAAAUCCUAUCACUUCCAAAGUGGCAAAAGGUGUUCUUGGUGUGGCCAUUCGAAGUUCACCUAUACCUGGAUUUGAAAAUUAUCUCAGAAGUUUGCACCCAUCUCGUCGUCCUCACGAUGAGUUUUUAAUAGAAUUCUGGGAAAAUGAGUUUGGUUGUACCCCUGCGGCCACCCUUCUUUCUUCAUAUGCCUCUCUACCACCAGCUAAUGCUAACAGGUUGCUUCAAAAAUCUACUCUACCACCCUGCAGUGGGACAGAGUCUCUGGAGGGAGUGCAAAAUAUCUUUACUGACACUUCUCAGCUAAGGGUGACAUAUAAUGUCUAUCUUGCUGUUUAUGCUGCAGCCCAUGCCCUUCACAGUCUUCUGUCCUGCCCUGACAGAGACAGCCCUUCUGGAAACAACAGCUCUAUGUGCUCCUCUCCAAAACACAUAAAACCCUUAGAGCUUUUGCAGCACUUGAACAACUUGAAUUUCACCACACCACAGGGUGAACUGUUAUAUUUCCAAGGGGGCGACAUUCCAGCAAAGUACGACCUUGUAAAUUGGCAAAAGACCCCUGAGGGGUCACAAAAACUUGUCUUGAUUGGUCGUGUAGACGGGUUUGAUCUACAACUGAAUGAGUCAGCUAUUCAGUGGAGCACAGGAUCCAGUCAGGUGCCUGUUUCAGUGUGCAGUGAGAGCUGUCCCCCAGGUACCCGAAAGGCCAACAGGAAAGGAGAACCUCUCUGCUGCUUUGACUGUAUCCCAUGUGCUGAUGGGGAGAUUAGCAAUAAAAUUGGUUCCCUUCACUGUGAGCGUUGUCCUUCUGAGUUCUGGUCCAAUGCUAAACGAACAGCCUGUGUUCCACGUCAGCUGGACUUCCUUUCCUUUAAUGAAACUUUGGGCAUUACUCUGACUACAGUAGCUAUGUCUGGUGCUGCGGUGACAACAGCUGUGUUUGUAGUGUUUAUUUGCUACCGUCAAACACCUAUGGUGAGAGCCAACAAUUCAGAACUGAGCUUCCUGCUGCUCCUGUCGCUGAAGCUCUGCUUCCUGUGCUCACUGGUCUUCAUUGGUCGUCCAUCAGUCUGGUCUUGUCGGUUCCAGCAGGCAGCUUUUGGGAUCAGCUUUGUACUUUGUGUUUCCUGCCUCCAAGUCAAGACGAUAGUAGUUCUUGCAGCAUUUCGCUCAGCUCGGCCUGGUGCUGGAGCCUUAAUGAAGUGGUUUGGUCCAGGACAACAGAGAGGAAGUGUCUGCCUCUUUACCUGUAUACAAGUCAGAAUAGUUAUCAUCUGCAUUAUUUGGCUAUUGCUGAGCCCUCCGGUGCCCCAAGCUGACUUGGAUAUCCCGGGGUUACAGGUCACCCUGAAGUGUGCCAUGGCCUCUGUGGUGGGCUUCUCUCUGGUUCUGGGCUACAUUGGCCUGCUGGCCUGCUCCUGCCUCCUUUUGGCCUUUCUUGCUCGGAAACUCCCUGACAACUUCAAUGAGGCCAAACUGAUCACCUUCAGCAUGCUGAUAUUCUGUGCUGUCUGGGUGGCCUUUGUCCCUGCUUACGUUAGCUCUCCUGGAAAAUAUGCAGUUGCUGUAGAGAUUUUUGCAAUCCUGGCCUCCAGCUAUGGGUUACUGCUCUGCAUUUUUGCCCCCAAAUGUUUCAUCAUUCUUUUGAGGCCUGAGAAAAACACCAAGAAACACCUGAUGGGCAGGUAG